UAAAUUCGUAACUUCAAAUAAAUGAAUAAGAAAAAUAGCCUUUGUCUAGAGAUCCGAAGAUCUUGAGUCCCCUCAACUCUGGAAACUAUUGGCUUAUUCUACGAUUCUCAGCUAAAAAUAUUUAAACGGAAGAAUGGGUCAUUAUCAUCCUCUUAAACGCAUCAAAUUUCAGAAUACAAGAAAAGCGAGCAAUUCAAAUUCUAACAUGUCAUUUUCCACCGCGUCCAAUGCUUAACUCAUCGCCGCCUUCUCAGUUUCACCUUCUGAUCCCCCCAGGUUCAAAACCGCCCUUGCAACCCUCAUAUCUUGGCACUUUCCUUCCUACAGCUCGCGCUCUAUAUUACCCCCCUAAUACCCAUAUACUCUGUUCCCAUCGUCACUUUUCUGCAAAAACAAACAUCCUAAUUUUGAACUCCAUCUAUUGAUCUUUGUUUGGAAGAAGGGCUGGUUUGUAUUGUACGCAAAGAGAAGAGAUGAAGGCCAUCUUCUUCAAAUCAUCACCUUCUCCUACCAGGAUGACUCCACCAGCUUCUCCACUUCACCUUACUUUUUCCGAGUCUUUAAUGGAAGAAAACAUCGAAGCUGCCGAAUUAAUCAUCACCAAAUGGGACUCCCCUUCCGACAACCACUCCUCCUCUAGCAACGCUUCCCUUUUCUCCGAUGAGAACAGGGAAGAGUCGAAACAGUAUUUGUCUUCCGUUAAGGGUCUGCAAAAAGCUAUGCAGUACCUGGUUUCACACCAAGCAAGUUCCGAAAAGCUUGUCCGAGCUCAAGCACUUAUGCAAACCGCCAUGAAACGGCUCGAGAAGGAGUUUUACCAGAUUUUUAAGUCUUUCCGGUUUUAUCUUGACCCAGAAUCCUUUUCUGCUCACUCGUCAUCCUCUAGACCAUCGGCUUCCAGGUCCAGUUUUUCAGACUUGGAAGAAGAUGAGUCUGAGAACGAGUCAAGGGACGAGAAUGACUCAAUCCCAGGAGCCCAGAGAGUGUCGUUAGCUCCAGUGGAGGAUUUAAGAGCCAUUGCAGAGGCCAUGAUAAAAGCUGGGUACGCCAAGGAAUGUAUCAAAAUUUAUAAAAUUAUUCGGAAAUCGUUCGUCGAUGAAGCUCUUCACGGUCUCGGAGUUGACAGGACGUUGAACUUACAGAAAGUUCAGAAGAUGGAUUGGGAAGUUUUGGAGGUUAAAAUCAGGAAUUGGUUACAUGCUGUUAAAGUGGCUGUUAAAACGCUGUUUCCCGGAGAGAGAAUCCUCAGCGAUCAAGUGUUUUCCAUUGCCCCUGCUAUGGGGGAAUCUUGUUUCGCAGAAAUUUCGAAAGAAGGAGCAUUAGCUCUGUUUGAGUUCCCGGAAAAUGUAGCCAAGUGCAAGAAAACACCAGAGAAAAUGUUCCGUUUCUUGGAUUUAUAUGAAGCGGUUUCCAAUCUUUGGCCCGAGGUUGAAUCAAUGUUCAACUCCGAAUCAACCUCAACCCUACGAUCAACCGCCGUAAACUCCUUAAUCAAGCUCGGAGACGCCGUUAGAACCAUGUUAACGAGCUUCGAAACGGCAAUUCAAAAGGAACCAUCCAAAUCGACGGUUCCCGGCGGUGGGAUCCACCCUCUGACACGCUACGUCAUGAAUUACAUCUCUUUCCUAGCCGAUUACACCGAGGUUCUUUCCGACAUCGUCGCAGAUUGGCCGUUAACGAUUCCAUCACCUUUACCAGAGCCAUUCUUCGGCAGCCCCGACAACGAGGAAAGCAUUUCAUCGCCGGUUUCAGUCCGGUUAGCUUGGCUUAUCCUCCUCAUGCUUUGCAAACUCGACGGGAAAGCCGCGAUGUACAAAGACGUCUCGCUUUCUUAUUUGUUCUUAGCCAAUAAUCUCCAGUACGUCGUCGGGAAAGUUCGACAAUCGAACUUGAAGAUUCUUCUCGGUGACGAAUGGGUGACGAAGCACGAACUAAAAGUGAAACAGUACUGUUCGAAUUACGAGAGAAUGGGAUGGAGCAAAGUGCUCGCUUCACUGCCUGAAAAUCCAACGGCUGAGAUCCCAGUCGAUCAAGUGAAAGACCAUUUCAGAAAUUUUAAUUUGGCGUUUGAAGAAACCUAUACGAAACAAACAUCUUGGGUCGUACCCGACCCGGGACUCCGAGAUGAUAUCAAAAUCUCGUUGGCGAGACGGAUAGUACCGAUCUACAAGGAGUUUUACGAGACGUACGGAGGAAUGCACCUUAGGAAAGAAAUGUGGGUUGAGUCACUUGUCAGAUAUACCCCUGAUGAUUUGGGAAACUACUGGUCGGAUCUGCUCAAUGGAAGCGGAAGUUCAGGGAGUGUUUCGUCAAGUUCAAGCCGCGGUGGCAGGAGUCGUUGAGCCGAUCCUAUUUGGGCGUGGAAAGAAUCGCCGGCCACAUUGGCAUAUACAGGCACCUGGAUUUUUGUGGAUAAUAUGAAGACAAACAAGCUUUGUAUUGAAUCCGAUUGACACGUGUAUAUAGAAAAUAUUAAUCUAAUACAGCCGAUUUUAUAUUUAUUUUUAUGUGCUUGGUUUUUGUGAUGUGUGGUAGAUCCAAUUCCAAUGGGCGAUAUGGCUUUGAAUUGAAGGAAAACAGAAUGAGCAUAUGGAUUUAUAAAA